AUGUUCUAUCCGUCUCGCACUACGUGCCUUCGGGCUUGUCUUGUGGCCCUCCUCAGUCUCGGGCCGGUCAACUCUGCACCCACGACCCAAAGUGGCAGGGACAACAGACUCCCUGCGGUAUGGCCCCCUCCGCAACAUAUUUCAUCGUCCGGCUGGGGGGUCUCACUAGACGGACCUGUCACCAUCGUGACCGGCAAUGUCACGGACCCGGCCACAAUUAACACAGUAAAGGCGGUAGUGCUUUCCGCCGGUGGGCAUGCCGUCGUCUCGUCCCAUCCUACCGGCCAUGGUGCGCAGAUCGUUAUUGGCACCGAGGCGGAGAAUGGCGCCGCUGCCGCCAUUGCCAAGGCGCUUACGGGCAAACCAGCGAAUGGCCUCGCCGCCGAUGGCUACGUUCUUGCAUCUGGCGAGUAUGAGUACCGGCCGACCAUUGUCCUCAAUGGCGUAGACGGACGCGGCACUUUCUACGCGUCACAAACCCUUCGCCAACUUGUAGACGGUCACCAUGUUCCAGGUGUUCAAGUACGUGACUGGCCGCUCAUGUCAAUCCGUGGCUCGAUCGAGGGCUUCUACGGAGUUCCCUGGUCUCAUCAGGCGCGUCUCGACCAGUUAGUUUUCUACGGCAAGCACAAGAUGAACACCUACAUCUACACGCCCAAGGAUGACCCGCUCCUUCGCGCGAAUUGGCGCACUCUUUACAAUGGCACCGCCUACUCCCAGCUCAAGGAACUCAUCAACACCGCUAACACCAACCACGUCGACUUCACCUUUGCUCUGUCGCCCGGAUUAGACGUGUGCUACUCGUCAAACGCCGACUUCAACGCUACAAUCACCAAGUUUAACCAGGCUCGCCAGCUUGGUGUCCGCAGCUUUUACAUUGCUUUAGACGACAUCCCUCUUGAGUUCCACUGCGCAGCAGACAAGAAGAGGUGGAACAACACGGGCAACUACCACUGGCUGGCCGACUCUCAGGCUUAUUAUCUGAACCGUAUCCAGAAGGAGUACAUCGAACCGAAUGGCCUUAACAACCUUGAGACCGUCCCGACCAACUACGCCGGCAGUGCACCAGACCCCUACAAGGGAGAGUUCGGCACGAAGCUGGACAAGAACAUCCGCAUUCAGUGGACCGGCGAAGGAGUCUUCAGUGACCAGAUCAAUGACACAAGCGUCCAACAGGCCGACUCGACAUACGUCACAGACAACAUGUUCUUGUGGGACAAUUUCCCCGUCAACGACGGCAAUCGUGACCGCCUGUUCCUUAACCCGCUCACUGGGCGUUCCGCAACCCUGUACAAAUAUCUCCUAGGCUUCACCUCGAAUCCAAUGGAGGAGGCAUACGCCUCCAUGCCCGCACUUGCCAACUAUGGCGACUACACCUGGAACGGGCCGGCGUACAACGCCGACGAAUCGAUGACUGCAAUCCUUUGGGAGCUCACGGGUAGUGACCCAAUCGUCCACGACGCAGUCCUCGCGUUCUCCGACCUUAACCAGAACUGGCCAUACCGCACCCCCGCGGUCAACUCGCCCCAGCUGAACAAAGACAUUGCAGCUUUCUGGGCCGCUCGCAACCAUUCAUCUCAUUACCAAGGCGGACACAGUCACGGCCACGGCUACGGCAACACCUUGGCGCUGCACAAGCGCCUCGCACUCCUCACCACACUGCCAGACGUCCUUCCCCGCAUGGCAAUGAAGGGCUUCGCCUCGGACGUGGCGCCCUGGUCGACGGUUGCGAUGCAGUGGGCACACGCCUGCCAGCACUUGAUUGCUAUGCUCGACGCGCUCGAUGCAGGGGACAAGAAUAGGGCAGAGGGCGAGUUCAAUGCCGCUCAGGCCUGGGUUAAGAAGACGAAGGCUAAGACUGUUAAUGACCGUAAUGACCAGGGUCAAAAUCUUCCUGACUCGAUCACCCCUGUUACCGCUGAGGAGGCAUUUACUACCUUCCUCGCCAAUGCCACGGCUAUUUAUAAAGGUCAGUAG